AACUCUAUUAUAAGCACGUUGUGUUAUAAACUCACACGAUCAAGAACGACAGCGGAAACGUUCUGUCGGCCUUCCUGCGCGACUGCUGUUGGUACUUCCAUCGGUUCUACCGCAAGAGCUCUAAAUUUCCGUCCUACAAUAUGGCCGAAGCUCAGAACUCCAAAUUCCAAGUCUAUCUCCAAGAUUUUGGCAACAUUCUAGGCGCAUCGCCCAAAUUGACCCUUGCUCUGUCCGAUGACUCGCCACUCUUCCACGAAGCCUGCGUCUUCGUACCCCGCCUCAACGCCGUCUUCGUGACCAGCAAUCAGUUUGUGCCCCCGGGUCAAGACAACAAAACAAUCGUUAUCAGCAAGCUCUCUCGAGGCUCGAAUGGUUUGUGGAGACGGGAAGAGCUAGAUGCCCCUACUAUACCUUUCGCGAAUGGCGGUAUCAACUACGACAACGGAAUUCUCUUCUGCGCACAAGGCUCACUCACCCACAAUGGCGGUCUUCUCUGGAUGUCAGCAGAGCCUCCGUACAGCACUAAAGUCGUUGUGGACAACUACAGAGGCUACCCUUUCAAUUCCCCCAACGACGUAGUCGUGCAUUCGGACGGCUCGAUAUGGUUCACGGAUCCAGCGUACGGCGUGGAGCAGGGUAUACGACCUGAACCAAAGCUGGCAAAUCAGGUCUAUGUGUACACGCCAGCGGACGGAGAUGUAAGAGUUAUGGCGGAUGGAUUCGGGAAGCCGAAUGGAAUAUGCUUUUCGCCCGAUGAGCAAACCGUGUACAUCACGGAUUCGGACUUCGUGCGCGGGGACGGGAACAUGGAUGCAAGAAGGGCAAGGACUAUCUAUGCUUUCGAUCUCAUCCGCCGCCACGAUGCCCCUUUCCUCACCAACAGACGCGUCUUCGCAUACUCCGACACUGGCAUCCCGGAUGGUAUCAAAUGCGACACCGAUGGCAACGUCUAUUCGGGCUGCGGCGACGGCCUGAACGUCUGGAAUCCCGGCGGCUCCUUAUUGGGCAAGGUGCGAGUUCCUGGAGGUGUCGCGAAUUUCUGUUUCGGGCGGUCUGGCGAGCUGUUUCUGCUGAACGAAACAAAGUUCUGGGUUCUGGAGUUCGAUCGGGAUGUGAGGGGAGCGCUGCUGAAGGGUAUGGGCAUCGACGCUGACGGUGCAUCUGCUUAGCUCUCGAAAUGAUCAUCCCAGGAUGGCGAGGUCUGCAGAAUUGGUAUUUUACGUCUGUUUUAGCGUGUUGCAUGUCUUGCUGGCUGGCUGUCGCGCGCGUGGACACAGAGGCCGUGCAUGCAUAUUCACUUUGCAGCAUUGGAGGCCCAUCGUGCCUACCCUGAGUCUCAGGUGGAUCAUCGCAUCAACCGGGUGCACGUUGGGCAAAGCAGGAACG